AUGGGCUCGAAGAAUGGCGAUGUGAGACAGCUUGAUGGCGUUGGAGGAGCAACGUCAACCACGUCCAAAGUCGCAGUCAUCAAGCCUUCUGAGCAGCAAGGAAUAGACGUCGAAUACACCUUCAUUCAAGUAGCCAUCGGCAAGGAAACACUUGACUUCAGUGGUAAUUGCGGCAACAUGGCAAGCGGCGUCGGACCCUUCGCAGUGGAAGAGGGCUUGGUGCGAGCGGAGCCGGGGGCUACACAUGUUGAUGUGUCGAUCCUGAACACAAAUACCGGAAAGCGGAUAGUCGAAACAGUCGAAGUUGAUGAGAGGGUCAAUACUGCGAAGACGGCGAUUAUGUCUGUCCUGGCGUGA